AUGGUCGACAUUGUCCCCCUCUCCUCCUACCCGUCAUACAUCGACCUCCUCCCCUCGAUCCAAACCUGCAACAUCACCAACCUGCCCGAAAACUAUUUCCUAAAAUACUACCUCUACCAUGCGCUGACCUGGCCGCAAUUGAGCUUCGUCGCUGUCGUGCGGCCCAAAUCAGGCUAUACCAAGUACACCACUGCCGGCACCGGUGUUGGUGCAGGGCAAAAAGGCAGCGGUAAUGUCUCCGAGCAGUAUCCCAAGGUGGUCGGGUACGUGUUGGCGAAGAUGGAAGAGGAGCCGGCGGAUGGGAUGCAACAUGGUCAUAUUACGAGUUUGAGUGUUAUGAGGACUCACCGUCGAUUGGGAAUUGCGGAGAGGCUGAUGCGUAUGAGUCAACGUGCAAUGGCCGAGUCGCAUCGUGCUCACUAUGUCUCGCUUCAUGUUCGUGUCUCCAAUACCGCUGCUUUACGCUUGUAUCGUGAUACGCUCGGGUUUCAGGUCGAUAAUGUCGAGAGCAAGUACUACGCCGACGGGGAGGAUGCCUACGCUAUGCGCAUGGACCUAACGAAUAUGUGGAUGGAUUGGAGCGAGAUCGAGCGCAAGGAUCGUCUACGCCAGCAGAGCGAUGAAAAGGAUGCCGACGAGGGCGACGAGGUCGGCGAGCUGGGUAAGAAGGAAUCCGACAAGGACAAGGAGAAAAUGGUUAAGGUGAAGGUAGGCCGCGGCUUGGGUGUGGGCGAUUUGGUCGAGAAGAACGAGUCGCAGACUUCGGCCACGAGUUCUUAA